AUGGCUGCUCACAUCUCCAAUGGCAACGGCGCAUCGUCGCCUGCGUCCAACUACGAGGGUGCUUCGCUUGAGGAUCUUCCCAAGUCGUGGCAUUUUACCGAAUCUCUCCCCGCCGACUCAAUCUUCCCUACACCCGCCGACUCCCACAAGACUCCUCGAGAUCAGAUAACACCUCGGCAAGUGCGCAAUGCCGCAUAUACAUGGGUACGUCCUGCCGAGCAGGAAGACCCUGAGCUUCUCGCUGUUAGUCCAGCUGCGCUACGCGACCUGGGAAUCAAGCUUGGAGAGGAGAAGACAGACAACUUCAGACAACUGGUUGCUGGAAAUAAGCUAUACGGCUGGGAUGAGGAGAAGCUUGAGGGUGGCUACCCAUGGGCUCAAUGUUAUGGAGGUUUCCAAUUUGGACAAUGGGCUGGCCAACUUGGUGAUGGCAGAGCCAUUUCACUGUUCGAGACAACCAACCCUGCUUCCGGAGACCGUUACGAGCUUCAACUCAAGGGUGCUGGUAUGACACCCUACUCACGGUUUGCUGAUGGAAAGGCAGUCCUGAGAUCCAGCAUUCGAGAGUUUGUCGUCUCGGAAGCACUCAAUGCCCUUAAAAUCCCAACUACAAGAGCUUUAUCUCUCACACUUCUACCACAUUCGAAGGUUCGCCGAGAGACGAUUGAGCCAGGUGCCAUUGUCCUGCGAUUUGCGCAGUCAUGGGUACGUCUCGGCAACUUCGACAUCUUGAGGGCCAGAGGAGACCGCAAACUCAUCAGGCAACUGUCCACAUACAUUGCCGAAGAAGUUUUUGGUGGCUGGGAUAAGCUGCCAGCUCGACUGGAAGACCCAGACGAACCUAAGAAGUCACCGGUACCGAAGCGUGGAGUUGCCGCUGACAGUAUCGAGGGUGCAGAAGGUUCCGAGGAGAACCGAUUUACGAGACUUUACCGUGAAGUUGUGCGACGCAAUGCCAAGGUUGUUGCUAACUGGCAAGCGUACGGAUUUAUGAACGGUGUAUUGAACACAGACAACACCUCCAUUUAUGGACUGUCCAUAGAUUUUGGUCCGUUUGCCUUUAUGGACAAUUUUGAUCCGGCAUACACACCGAACCAUGAUGACUAUGCCCUUCGUUACGCUUAUAGAAACCAACCUACCAUUAUCUGGUGGAACCUUGUUCGCUUCGGUGAGGCGAUUGGAGAGCUGAUGGGGGCAGGCGUCAAUGUUGACGACUCUACCUUUAUCUCAGAGGGUGUGACCAAAGACCAGGAAGCAGAAGUUGUGGCACGGGCCGAGAAACUCAUCACUCAAGCUGGAGAAGAGUUCAAGGUCGUAUUCCUUGAAGAGUACAAGCGACUCAUGACUGCUCGACUGGGUUUAAAGACCCACAAGGAUUCUGAUUUUGAUGUGCUUUUCAGCGAAGCUUUGGAUACCAUGGAAGCUCUAGAGCUUGAUUUCCACCAUUUCUUCCGUCGCCUCAGUAAGAUCAGGUUGCAGGAUCUGGCCACUGAAGAGGCAUGCAAGGAGAAGGCAUCGGUUUUUUUCCACAAGGAAGGACCCCCAACUACCAUUUCUGAGGACGAUGCCAAAGCACGCAUCGCGAUCUGGCUCGAAAGCUGGCGGCAGCGCAUGGUUGAAGAUUGGAAGGACGAAGGAGAGACCGUUUCGGAAACCAAAGAUAUUGAGAGAAUCGAGGCGAUGAAGCGGGUGAACCCCAACUUCGUGCCUCGUGGUUGGAUUCUCGAUGAGCUUAUUCAACGCGUGGAGAAGGACGGCGAGCGAGACGUGUUGAACCGCGUCAUGCAGAUGGCCCUCAACCCCUUCGAAGACCGCUGGGACGGCGAGACUUUCGAAGGCAAGACAUACAAUGGUGACAAGGACGAGGAGCUUCGAUGGACAGACGAUCCCCCCAAGACUGAGCGAGCCAUGCAAUGCAGCUGCAGUUCAUGA